AUGCACAAAACAGCUAUGGAUAUCCGCUCGAUCGACAGGGAAGAGAACCGCCGGCGGAUGAAGAACGGCGAGCUGUACUGGGCCUUUACCCCGGACUUGAUCGCAGAUCGGAAACGUUGCCAGGCGGCAUGCGCUAGGUUCAACAAUGCUGGUGACGUGAGCCGCCGCACGCUUGUGGGCAUGUGGAAAGAUAUCAACGGGGACACAAUUCCUCUCCCUCCACCGCGUACCCGCCGCGACGAGGACGACGCCCUACUUGAGGACUACCCAUGGAUCGAUGCCCCGAUAAAGAUGGACUACGGCUACAACGUAAAAUUCGGUGACAACGUAUAUGUCAACUCUAACAGCACAUGGAUCGACACUUGCCUCAUCACAGUAGGCUCGCGCACCCUUAUUGGGCCCAACUGCUCGUUCUACAGCGGUACACAUCCGCUGGAUCCCACACUGCGUAACGGCACCCGCGGGCCCGAGAGUGGGAAGCCCAUCACCAUUGGUGAAGACUGCUGGUUCGGCGGCAAUGUCAUUGUGUUGCCGGGUGUGACUAUCGGAAGGGGCGUAACCGUCGGCGCCGGGAGCGUCGUGACCAAAGACGUGCCCGAUUAUGUAUGCGUUGCUGGUAACCCGGCGCGCGUGAUCAAGAAGAUCGUGCCAUCGCAGCCGACGAAUGGAGAUGACGGGGCUACUGCGUUAUCGACGAACAUAAACUAUAGCUCUACCAUGUAG